UGAUGGGGCCAGCCAUCGUCACUAGUUGAAGGCUCCGUUGUUGCAUCAUAUUGUGAAUAUCAGCGCUCGCGCUCCGCGGGCAGAGCUGGCUCGCUCAGAUAUUUCAAGUCGCUGUGGAUUGUGGGAGUCGGGGACACUGCCCAGGCUUUUUACCAGAGAACGGGAGGGAUUUUUUUCGGCUGUGCUCAUAUUUUUUAGCCUCACACUGGUUGCAGCCUCAGCAUCAUGUCCAGCCGAGGAGGAAAGAAGAAGUCAACCAAGACAUCUCGGUCUACCAAGGCCGGGGUCAUCUUCCCUGUGGGGCGCAUGCUGCGUUACAUCAAGAGGGGAUUGCCCAAAUAUCGCAUCGGCGUGGGGGCACCAGUUUACCUGGCGGCUGUCCUUGAGUACCUGACUGCUGAAAUCCUGGAGUUGGCAGGUAAUGCCGCUAGAGACAAUAAAAAGGGUCGUGUAACGCCAAGACACAUCCUCCUGGCCAUUGCCAAUGAUGAAGAGUUAAACCAGUUGCUGAAAGGUGUGACCAUUGCAGCAGGUGGAGUCCUGCCCAACAUCCACCCAGAGCUCCUGGCUAAGAAGAGAGGAGCUAAGGGCAAACUGGAGACACCCGUCUCACCUGCCCCAGAGAAGAAACCCAAACCGGUGAAGAAAACAGCAGCUAAGAAACUGAGUGGGAAAAGGGGAGGAAGGAAGGCUAAGAGACAGGGUGAUGUGAGCAAGGCAGCAUCAGCAGACAGCACCACAGAGGGAUCUCCAGCUGACAGCUUCACCGUGCUCUCCACCAAGAGCCUCUUCCUGGGUCAGAAGCUCAACCUUAUCCACAGCGAGGUCAGUAACUUGGCUGGCUUUGACGUGGAGGGGGUCAUCAACCCCACCAAUGCUGAACUUGAACUUAAAGAUGAUCUAGGCUCAGCUCUGGAGAAAAAGGGAGGAAAGGAGUUCACUGAAGCUCUGCAAGAGCUGAAGAAGAAAAACGGCCCUUUGGAGGUGGCUGGUGCUGUUUUGACCUCUGGUUUUGGUCUGCCUGCAAAGUACAUCAUCCACUGUAACAGUCCAGGCUGGGGCUCCGACAAGUGUGAGGAUAUGCUGGAGAAGACGGUGAAGAACUGUCUGGCUCUAGCAGAUGAGAAGAAACUCAAGUCUGUGGCCUUCCCCUCCAUUGGUAGUGGAAGGAAUGGCUUCCCGAAGCAAACGGCAGCCCAGCUGAUCCUUAAGGCCAUCUCCAGCUACUUUGUGGCGACCAUGUCUUCCACCAUCAAGACCAUCUACUUUGUGCUGUUUGACAGCGAGAGCAUCGGGAUCUACGUGCAGGAAAUGGCUAAGCUGGAGACGAGUUAAAAGUAUGGAAUACUCUCUUCGCCCCUCUCCUCCCCUGUUUUUGUUUUUCAUUUUUUUUUUGUGCAAGGCGAGAGGAAUAUGUUUACUAGUGAUUUGUUAGAUAUAAAGAAAUGAAGAAAAGAAAAAAUCUAAAGGUUGGGAAGUUGUUUCUGCAUUUAUGUUUGUAUGUUUCUUAUAUUGCUUUUAAUUUCUUAUUUACUUGUCACCUCUUGUGUUUAAAUGUAGAUGUACACUGUUCAUUCUGCAGCCUUUUAAUACAAACAGUGCUGCACAGUACAGAUUGGUCAUUUUGAGAUUUAAUUUUCAUAUAUGUAAGAAGUUACAAGACAGAGCUGCACCUCAAUUACAGAGACUUCCAGAGAAGUCCAAUAAAUACGGGUUAAUGCAUGUAAAGGCAGUAAAGAUACUAAAAAUGGCUAUUCUCAUUCUGUUGAGCUCAAUAUUACAAAACAUUUAUUGUUGAUGUAUUUUUGGUACCAUCGCUGCAGCUUAGAAGCAUCUGUUGUACUGUACAAUGAAAAGGUAAAGUGUAAUGAGAAGUUCAGUUUGAUCUACUUUUGGUCUUUAGGAGACUUGAAUAUUAGAAUGAAUCUUUGUGUUGUGUGUUGCAAAUUCCUCCUUUUGCCUUUGUUUAUGGAGGCCAAAUAUGUUCUCAGUGUGCUGCAGAGACCUUUAAUUUCCAACAAAAGAAGAAGAAUAUGAAGUUAUUUGUAAUGUAAAUGCCAUCACUUGCUGGUUAUUUACAGUAUAUUUAGAUCCGUUUAUGGGCCGCAACUGGAGAUUGGAGGUUUUUGCAGGGCAACAGUGGAUUCUAUUGUGUAUUCCUCUAAGUGUUUAUAUAGAUAGAAGUAUUUGUGAAAUGUUUUAAUUUUUACACUGAUUCUAAAUGGCACAGGAUUUGGAAGAAAAAAAAAAAACUAUACGAGAUUUUUUGUGUGUGUUUUGUCUUUGUUAAGCCAUAAAACAAAUGUAUUCACUUUAUUGCUGGAAAUGGAGGCUCUCUGCUGUUGUUUUCAGUUCGCUCUUUCACUCAGUGGCCAUCAGGUGGCUCCCUGUGAUCAAGCAUCGAGUGUGUCAUCUCUGCCAUCUGUUUUUUGGUGCAGCAGCAGAACCUCCUCACACAGACGCUGGUCAAUUUGAGUUGGAUUUGAAUUGGGAUUGAUGGACAUGUACAGAGGAACCUGGCUGCUCUGCUGCAUUUGGACUUUUCAACAGCCUAACUUUCUUAUAAGAAAAAAAAAACUUGCGUUUCUAAAAAAACAAAAAGGAAAAAAAAGCUACAAUUGAUGAUUCUACAACUGGUCUGUACACUCCGGUAAUAAAAUACCUUUGAAAACAUGAA